AUGGACAGCUUUUCCGGCAACGAAUUGUGGUUUUCCUCUUACUUCCCAGCAGGCGGCGAUGACGAACUGGGUCCUAACAUGCAGCGAAGGGAGUCGGAGUUGAGUUUACAGCAGUUAGUUUGGUACCUGGAGAAUAAGGAGGUGGUUAAUGUUCCCAUGGAUUUAGAUGCUUUUCCUGAGAACUUGGCUUUUGCUGCUGUUGACAAUGCUACGUCAAGAGCAUUCUUGGGAAUACCCCAAGACUCCGGGGUUGGAGGAUCACAGGGAUUACCCCAACACUCUGCGGUUGGAGUAGAGCAGGCAUCCUUUGCGGUUGGAGGAUCACCAGGAUUACCCCAAGACUCUGCGGUUGGAAUUGAGCAGGCAUCCUUUGCGGUUGGAGGAUCACAGGCAUCCUUUGCGGUUGGAGUGGAGCGGGCAUCCUUGGUAACACUCCAAGACCCUGCGGUUGAAUCGCAUGCAGCCGGCGCUGUUGAUUAUGCAGCGGUGGAAUUUGCUUGUGAAGGAGAAAACGGAGCAAUGGAGAAUAUGGAUUCUGAUGAUGCAAAACGUGAAAGGAGGAAGCUAUCAAAUCGAGAGUCCGCUAGGCGCUCCAGAAGAAAAUGGAAGGAUCAAUUCACUCAACUCCACUCACAGGCUGAUCAACUAAGGCUAGAUAAUACGGUCAUAUCAGGGCUAGCCACUGCCAUAAUCCAAAAGUCGGACAAAUCAGCCGUAGAAAACACAGUUUUGACAGCCGAUGUUAGAGCAUUGAAAGCAGAGUUGAAAAUGGCUGAAGCCGAGGUCAUCGGUGUCACCGGUUUGAUCCCUGUGUUUGAUCCAUUACCCGGAAUAUCGACAAUGAAUGUGCCAUCGGUUGAUGCAAGUCCCUCUCCUGAGUCCAUGGAUGCUGCUGUUCCCAUGCAAGACGACGGCCUGGAUCAUCCCUUUUAUUAG